AUGAAGGGCGCUCUUGAAGCGGCUUCCGGGUUUUUAGAGAUGCCCGAGGAAGCAAAAGAAGAAUUUGCAUUAGAUGACUUCACGAAGCAUGUGAGAUAUGACACGAGCUCAGGGAAUGGUACCGACAAGGCAAGAGCAUUCCUCAAACAUUAUGCUCAUCCUCUCAGUAAGUGGGUUCAGUUCUGGCUACUGGAACCACAAGGCUGCAGGGAAAAGAUGGGACAGUACGCGAUCGAAAGCAGAAGAUUAGCCAUCCAACUGCUGGAUGCCAUACUGGAAAGCCUGGGAUUGGGUCAUGGAUACCUGAAUGACAAACUUGAAGAAGGAAUCCAACUCAUAGCCAUGAACAGCUACUCAAAGUCAUCCCAGCUAGCUGAGAUGGUUGAAUUGGCUCCUCGUUCUGAUUAUGGUUUUUUAACCAUCUUGCUCCAGAAUUAUCAAGGCCUCCAGGUCAUGGAGAGCAAUGGCGAGGCCUGGAGCGCAGUCCCACAAGUUCCAGAGGCCCUACAUGUCCACAUUGGUGACUACCAAGAGGUGCUGAGCAAUGGCCUAUACAAAGGCGUGGUCUACAGGGUAGUUCUGAACGGUGAGAAGCAGAGGAUUUCGAUAGCCAGCAUCCAGAGUCUUUCCAUGGACGAAAAGGUCGAAGUUGCCAAAAAGUAG